GAAAGAAAGAAAGAAAGAAAGAGAAGAGGGGAAAGAAACCUUCAAGUCCUUUUUGACACUCUCGAGUUCUGCAGACUACACACCGCACUGCCCACACCAGGAUGGGGGCUCGGAGAUGCAGUAGCUGCCUCAGUUGCUUGAUAAUUCCCCUUGCACUUUGGAGUAUUAUUGUUAAUAUCUUAUUAUAUUUCCCAAAUGGACAGACAUCAUAUGCAUCCAGCCACAAACUCACCAAUUAUGUGUGGUAUUUUGAAGGGAUCUGUUUCUCAGGCAUCAUGAUGCUUAUAGUAGCUGCAGCUCUCUUAGUAUUGGAGAGGGAUACACCAUAUAAAUGCUGUCAGAGUGAGAACUGCAACAAAAAAUACAUGAGUUUACUCUCCAUUAUCUUUUCUGUCCUUGGAAUUGCUUUCUCCGGAUAUUGCUUGGUGAUAUCAGCACUGGGCUUAGUGCAAGGACCAUACUGCCGUACCCUCAAUGGCUGGGAAUAUGUUUUUGAAGAUACCACAGGGAGUUUCCUCAGUGAUCCUAGCACCUGGAGACGGUGCCUGGAGCCCGCUCAUGUUGUCGAAUGGAAUAUUAUUUUAUUUUCUAUUCUUAUAACACUCAGUGGUCUCCAAGUAAUCAUCUCUCUCAUCAAAGUCAUCAUUGAACUCAGCAAGAUACUCUGUACAACCUACUCAGUCAUAAUUCAGCCUGGAAUCAUUUGAAGUGAGAAGAGUCCUUUCUAUGAGCUCCAGGCCAUCAGCCUCAGCUGUAUAGACAUGUGGAUACAGAUACAGAUCCAAAUGAUGUGAUCUCUUAUUGAGGCUCCUCAUUCUUCCUCAGAGCUACCCCCAAACCUCACUAAGACUCUUAAUCAGUUAGUCAAUAAGCAUUUAUUAUGCAUCCCCUAUGUGCUAGGCACUGCGCUAUGAGCUAAUCACAGGCUCGUAAAUCUAGAACUGAAAAAUUCCUCAGUGACCUUCUAAUACAACCCCCUUCAUUUUACAAAGGGGGAAAAUGAGGCUUAGGGAUCUUAAGUGCUCACACAUGUAGUGAGAGUCAGAGGAGAUUUGAACCCAGAUCUCCUGACUAGAGGCCAGUGCUGUUUCCACUGUACCAUGAUACCUCCCUUGAUCAGUCUGUCCUUUCAUUUUAUUCUGAUCAUUACCAACCCUGACAGGCAAGAGAUGGAGGGGAAGGAAAGCAAAACGUAUGGGAUCUAUAAAAUCUCCGCACAUGUAUCACAAUAAAAUCUUUUAAAGAAGUU